GCAAGCGCCGUUUUCACUCGCGGCAGCCACAGCUGGCGCCUUCGCUUCGGCACAGCUUCCGGGCUCCGACUCGUGCGUACACGCGAGCCUUUCGCCGAACGACGCCGGUGCCCACACGCACAGUGCUGCUGCUCGUGUCCGUCGCGGAGGCCAAGGCGUUGACAUUGUUGUGCGGCAGUCCUCGAUUGCUGCCCUAUCGCGGUGCGCGUCGAUAAGCCUAGGGCGGCCGUUAUCCUCGCGCCUGCUUGGACUCAGAGUUACACCGGCGACUGCACGAGACGCACCUCAAGAACACCCAUUCCCCUGACUCAUAGUUCACUUGUGGCACCAAAGGAUCGCGUGCACAAUAGUCAUGGAGACGGCACCGUCACAUCGCGGUAGGGGCAAAGGCAAGAUUUCGACGCCGGAGGCCGAAGCCUACAUCAGAGAGCACUGCACGCUGCAUCCCGUGCUCGAGAAACUUAUAGCUGAAACUGUGAAGCUGCCUCAAGGGCGUAUGUACACCAAGCCUGGGCAGCUGACACUCUACCAAGUUCUGCUGAAGGCAACACGUGCCAAGAAGUACCUGGAAGUGGGUGUGUUCACUGGCUGCAGCGCACUGUCUGCAGCCCUGGCGCUUCCUCCCGACGGCAUCGUGCGCGGCCUCGACAUCAAUCAAGAGACCGCCGACGUCGGGAGACCCUUUUGGAAAGAGGCUGGAGUCGAGAGAAAGAUUGACAUUCGCAUUGGCAAAGCCAUCGACACUUUAGAUGCCAUGAUUGCGGACGGAGAGGCGGAAAGCUAUGACUUCGCUUACAUUGAUGCCGACAAGGAAGGAUACGAUCAUUACUAUGAGCGUUGUCUAAAGCUAGUCAAACGGAAUGGGAUUAUCGCCUUUGAUAAUGUCCUGCGCGGCGGCUCAGUGUUCAACGCUGAAACGUCCGACCUUGAUGCGUUGGCGAUGCGAGCUCUCAAUGCCAAGCUGAAGACCGACGAACGCGUGCAACUCGCCAUGCUACCCUUUGGGGAUGGCGUCAACAUCGUCCUCAAGAAAUGAAAGAAGGAACACAAACAAUCCUGGUAGACGAUACCACGAUGCUUACCGCGCCCCAAACGCUGCGCGCGUUAUAAUAAAACUUAAUGAGACUUC